UUCUGGCCGAGAGCCUAGAACACCAAUGAGCGCUCCUCUGGUACUACGACCACAGCCCUGCGUUCUGGUACUGCAUCUGGUGAAGUUUUAACAGGGGAGACAAAGCAGGAAAUGUCAAAACCAGUUAUGACUGUCCCCAAAUCAAUAUUAACAAAGCCAUCGUCCUCAGCAGAUCCAAGAUACUUAGCUGUUCAUCAGUCACCCAAUAUCAGCGUUGCUGAGCCACGCUCACCUCAAGGCAGCGAUACUUCUCUCUUCCUCUCUCGCCUCAACACCAUUUGGAAAGGAUUUAUUAAUCUGCAGAGUGUGGCCAAAUUUAUCACUAAAGCAUAUCCUGUCUCCGGGUGCUUUGAUUAUCUUAGUGAGGAUUUACCAGACACGAUUCAUAUUGGUGGGAAGAUCUCACCGAAGGCAGUCUGGGAUUAUGUUGGCAAACUCCAAUCUUCACUUUGUAAGGAAUUGUUUUUGAUUCGUUUGAUUCGUUUCCAUCCUGCCACAGAAGAAGAAGAAGUUGCCUAUAUCUCUCUCUACUCCUAUUUUAGCAGUCGUCGUUGUUUUGGUGUUGUAACUAAUAACAACAGACAUGUCAAGAAUCUCUACCUGAUCCCACUGAGUUCUAAGGACCCAAUUCCUUCCAACCUCUUGCCCUUUAAGGGACCAGGUAAGCACAAAAUUUAGGGGAGGUUAACUGCUAGGUAAAAUUACAAAACGAGUAAAUCAGAGACCAAUUGGUUUUGAAUGUUUAAUGUAAGCAGAAUUAAAAAAUACAUAAUUUUAUAAAAACA